AUGAAAGGCUCGAGAGUUCUCUACGAUGUACCUACGGCCGCUGAGCUAGCCCAUGCCCAGGCGGCCAUCCGCGAGCUCGGCGAUACGGUGUUGGCAGGAGCACUGAAAGGGGCCAAAGGUAACUCGCCACGACACACGACGUCCAGAACAGGCCCUCUCCUCAACUUUGAACCUCCCGACUCUGUUGUCGAGAACACGCUGCAAGGAGAAGCUCGCCACGAUGACAACGUCCCCCUCGAAACAGGCCUGCUCGCGUUGUUCGGCAAGUCCUCUGUCCAUGUCGGCCUGGGAAAUUUUGAAGGUUACGUAAGAGUCUAUGCGUCUUCCGUUCUUGAUCCUGGUUUCAACAAUGCGCAGGGGAUAUUCACUGUGCGUAUCUUGUACUGCUAUGCAGACGCAAAUUCAAAGCGGCUAUGGAAGCGAUCGACGUCUCUGGCGCCUGCUGCCGCGACCCCAGUGGCGAGGCGUGCGGACCGUCAACUCGUACGCAAAAGACGCGACCUGAAGACGAAGCGGAACCGUCAUCAUGAUCCCUUGGUCAGGAACCUGCCGUUGGAACUCCUCUCGCGCAUCUUUGUCUUUUGCCAGCCAGACCCCCCAACGAAAGUGCUCCGUCUCGCCCCCAUCUCACCCCAAUCAUCUUGGGCUCGGUCUGUCGGCGCUGGCGGGAGAUCGUCCAAGCAACACCUCGACUUUGGACCUUUGUCUCCGUCAACAUUGGGCGCAACGAUAUACAGGCGUAUGCCCCAUUCAUCGCCACGUGGCUCUCACUCCGGAGGACUUCCACUGACGGUCGCGAUCUGGGAGUCCAAAGGCUCUGAACCAGAAGAGGGAUUCGGAGAAGCGGACGAAGAUAUUGAUCCCUCAGGCCUCAGCGCCGCCCUGAAACAGCUGCAGUACAACUCGAGUUGUGCUCCACGCUUAGAAAGUCUUCGCAUUCAUGGAUUUCCGAGCAACGACAGCACCAAUCACCUCACCUUCAACGAAGGCAGCCCAUUCAUGCCGAGCCCGAGAAAUGUCUUUCUCUCCUCUAUGCGCCCUGAUUCGAUUUUCAUCCGAUGGAACCUAGUCAAAUGUGUGAACGUCAGCUACGUCAAUCCUGCCGACCUCCUUACGAUUUUUGCCAACGCCGCCAACAUAUCACGCGUCCACAUCCGCACUCUAACUCGUGAUAGAGAUCUUCCGUUGCGCCCAGUUGUCCAUCGUGCGGUCCGCCUGCUGCAUUUCAUGACCAGUCAAAACAUCGACGAUAUUCUCAACAAUCUUGCAGCCCCGUCAUUGCGAAGACUUCAUGUCAUGAGGGUUUCGCCCAGUCUCACAUCGAUGAUUGCCCGCUCCAAGCCCCCUCUCACGGACAUGACCAUCCGGGGCAACAUCGUCUGGGACGAGGCGCUACGACUUUUCAAGCAUACUCCCUUCCUCUCAGAGUUACACCUCAUAGAUAUAGCGGUCGUGCCACGCACGUUUUUCCAGCGUCUAGCCGAUACAUCGGCUAUAUCUCCUUUGCUGGAUGGGCGGUAUCUACCUGCUCUUUCUUUGCUGAGGAUCCGUACUACCCAGAAUUCGUUCGUCUGGAAGGACAUUGCAGAUGCCUUUGGCCCGGACCCCUUAAACGCAGCUGCGACUCAGCAACCGCUCACAGCAUUCUUGCUCCACAUGAUGCCUACUAGUGUUAUCAAUGUUCCUGAUUCGGGUUCUGAUGAGGCGUCUCCUUUAAAUACCGUAGCCCUUCAGCGAUUGCGCGCUUUGAGGGCUGGUGGGUUUUCGGUGUCAAUUGUGGACGCGAGAGGACAGGAUUUACUCGCUGAAGAUGGCAAUGGCAUGGGUUUAGCUCGAGGCGAAGAUGAGGGGUCCGAGGAAGCCUGA